UGUACGAGGUUCAUCGAGGAAAGGCAAUCAUGAAGGUGUUCGUUGUGUUCUCCAUGGCCGUGGCCAUCGCCAGCUGCGUGGCAGUCGACCACUCCAACCAGCACAACCACGGAAACUGGGAAGAUGAGCAGAAGCACAUCUACGACUUUUCCGAGCAUCAGGACCAGUACGAUCAUCACCAGCACCAUCACGACGUGUACGAUCAACGCCAGAACCAUUACGGACAUGACGAGCAGGACCACCACUACCAGCACCACCACGAGAACAGUCACACCUGGGACGUCAAGAAGGACGAGAAACACUUCGUCACCAAGAAGAUCCCCGUUCCAUACCCGGUUGAGGUGGAAAAGCACGUCCCAGUGCACGUGAAUGUUCCAUACCCGGUGCACAAGGAAACCAAGGUCCCCGUGGUCGUCGAGAAGAAGUACCCGGUGUACGUGGAGAAGAAGUACCCCGUCCAGGUUGAUCGCCCGGUGCCGUACCCGGUAGAGGUGAAGGUGCCCGUGUACAAGAAGGAAUACGUCGAGGUCCCGAAGCCGUACACAGUUCAUGUCGAGAAGCCUUAUCCGGUGUACGUGAAGCAGCCGGUCUACAUCGAGAAACCAGUGCCGUACACCCUGAUCAUCAAGAAGACCCAGAAGAAGCCAAUGUGGGGUUAAGCUUGGUGGUCUACAUUUCGACACAAGACUGUACUUUAAAAGUGUAUUAUAAGUGAAUUGUUAUAUAGUUUAAU